AUGGACAAAAAACUCAUCCUCCUCACCUUUCUCUCGCUCGCGCGCGCCUGGCUACCUAAUACGGACAAAUCCAUCACCUCCCCCGACGGCACCAACCUCUUCAAGGCAUCCAACGGCAAGAUCCGAGGCGUGAACCUCGGUUCUCAGUUCAUCUUCGAGCCAUGGAUUGCUGAGAACUCUUGGUCCGAACUGGGCUGCAAGGACCAGCCCUCGGAGUUUGACUGCGUAUCGUCGCUGGGCCAGGAAACUGCAGACGCGGCGUUCGCAAAACACUGGGGGUCAUGGAUCACCCGAGACGACAUCUCGGAGAUGGUCAGCUACGGGCUCAACACCAUCCGGAUUCCUGUGGGGUAUUGGAUGAAAGAGGACCUGGUCUACCGCGACAGCGAGCACUUUCCCCGCGGCGGAUUCGACUACUUCGAAAAGCUCUGCGGAUGGGCCAGUGACGCGGGGAUGUACAUCAUUGUGGAUCUGCACGGGGCGCCGGGGGCCCAGACGCCGAAGAACGCAUUCACGGGGCAGUAUGCGCCGGAACCAGGGUUCUACAACUCGGGGCAGUACGAACGGGCGCUACAGUUCCUGGAGUGGAUGGCGCAGAAGGUGCACCAGAGCGACUCAUUCCGCAAUGUGGGCAUGCUGGAGGUGGUGAAUGAGCCAGUGCAGAAUGAGGGCCAGACGGCUACGAUGAGGUCGGAGUAUUAUCCGAAGGCAUUUGAUCGAAUCCGAUCUGCUGAAAAAAACCUCAAUAUCAACCAAUCCAACUACCUACACAUCCAGAUGAUGGACCGACUCUGGGGCGCAGGUGACCCGCACGAGUUCCUGACUGACGACUACUACGCGGCGUACGAUGACCACCGGUACCUGAAGUGGGCGAACGUGGAGGUGUCGCAGGACAGCUAUAUCCGGACGUCGUGCAGCGACCAGCUGGACGCCAACAAGCCGACGAUCGUGGGCGAGUGGAGUCUGAGCGUGCCGGACGACGUGGAGAACAGCGACGAGUGGUCAAAAGAUGGACAGAAGGAUUUCUAUCGACGGUGGUUUGCAGCGCAGGUGACGGCGUACGAGCGACAACAGGGAUGGGUGUUUUGGACGUGGAAGAGCGAGUUGGGGGAUUACCGAUGGGCCUAUAAAGAUGCCAUCGAGGCGGAAGUAAUCCCGAAGGAUUUGAAGGUGGAAAAAGUCUGCUCUUAG